AUGCCCUCGUCACCCACUACAAAGCGCCACCGCACCCUCUCGUCCAUCUCGUCUCUCCCGCCGUUCAUCCCGCAGCGCACUUCGCGACACCCAUCUCGCCUCGCCCUUCUCGUCUUCCUCGGCGCGGCACUCGCUCUGACGACCUACGUUGCGAAUGCGAAGGGCGGAAUGCGGGUGUUGCGAUCUGGAGAGGCGAUGGAGGAACCGGUAUGGCCCAUGGAGGGAGUGCGAGAAGAGGCUGUGAUGGGCUCAUCAAGAGCGGAUGAGGGGCUGCGAGGCGGACGAGCGCAUUCGAGCGUGCGUGUUGGAGCGCCCACAGGGGCGCAGAAGCAGCGGGAAGCGGUGCGAGUUGCAGGAGAAGCGAAUCUGGCGGACGUGCGGUUAGGCGGUCUCGCAAAGCCUGCACGACGACCCAAGACGAAGCAGUUGCCAGUCUGCAAGAAGACAGUGCUCUUCCGCUUCGCCGGCCGGCACGGUUUCGGUUCCGAAGUCUCUCUCCUCCUCCGCGUUGCCUCAGUCGCCCACCACUACGGCUACACCGUCUUCCUCGACUCUACAUCCUGGAACUACGGUUCCUGGUCGUCCUACUUCUCCCUCCCUCCCUCCUCCUCCUUCCCUGCCUCGCCCUUCGCACCCCUCGAUCCGCACGCCCCGUGUCGCCCACCUUCCCCACAAACAAAACGCUACAAGCUCUCCCUCACGCCGGACGAAGCUCGCGCAUUCGCGCUCCACCCACUCGAACUCGACGCCUCGUUUCGCCCGAAUUGGGCAAAGAGGAACCACGUUUAUUGGUUACGGGAUGUCGAUGGGUUAGACGCGACGUUCCUUCGACUUUUUGUCGACCAGUCACAGCUGGAGGAACUGCAUCGGGCAGAUCUGCGAGCGUUGGAAGCGCUCGAGGAGGGUCAGGAGAGACCGGCGUUCCUUGGUGCGGAGGAGACGCUCCCUCGUGUCUUUGAAGACGCAUUCGAGCGGAUGAGUAGGCUAGUCGGGCAGGCUUGGACGCCGAAUGAGGAGGUAAAGGCGAUGGUAGGCGAGUUGGAGAAGCGGUUGGGCGUGAGCGGCGCGGAGAAUCCAGGGAAGGGGAAGAGGCCGGGCGAUUUGCUUGUUGGCGUGCAUGUUCGACUCGGCGACAAGUUCCUCGAAGCCGACCGAAUCGGUCCCGCCUCGCUCUCUCCCUCCUCGUCGCCUCCUCCGCCACCAGAGUCAGCACCAGGUCUGACCGACGACUUGACAACGUCGUACUACGCCGCCGCAGUCGGCAGUAUCAACUCGCUCCUCUCCCUUCCCUCCUCCUCUCCCUCCAAGUCGCCACAGACAACCGCAGACCGCAUUCGCGCCCUCUUUGCCCUCUCAGCUCCCUGGUCUCGCAUCGCCUCCGAAGAAGACCAAGGAGAGUCCCGCCCGACGCUGGCGCUCAUGUCCGACGACCCGCAUGCGGUCGAGGCGUUUCGGAAACAUCCUAUGGGAGCGAGGUUUAGGGUUGUUGGGACUGCGGAGAUCGGUGCUUCGGUGGUGGCGGCGCAGGAGGAGGAGAGGGAGAGGCGGGGGAGGAGGGGGAAGAGGGAUGGGAGGCAGGAGGUGAUGGAGAAACGGAGGCCGGAGUUUGAAGGGGUCGGUGUGGGUGGAGGGCGGGCGGGGCAUGGAGCGGGAGGAGGGCAUGGGAGGAUGCAGGCUGUUCCGAAGACUAAGGCGAGAGUGCCGGAUGGGUUUAACGAAACAGCCUUCAACCGCCUCCCCCUCUCGACUCGCAUCUCCUCAGCUCGCCUCUUCGUCCGAGACCUAACAGUCCUCUCGUCCCGAGCCGACGCGCUGGUCGUCACUGGCUCGAGUAACGUUGGGAGAUUGAUGAUGUUGCUUUUUAAGGCGCGGAGGAGGGAGAAGGGGGAAAGGAGGGGGGAGGUUAGGAGUUUGGAUACGAGGUGGUUCCCAACCGCUCGCUUCGCCUAG